AUGGAAGACUUCGCUUUUCUUUUCGAGGACAUGGACAACAUCGACACAAUGCAAGCGUUCCGGUCCCCAUUCAUGUUACAACUCUUCGCUACUGCUCACCUUCAUAGCAUCAUUGGGCAUGCUGAAGUCACUGCGCUCAAAACAGAUGUAUUGGCUUCCAUUGGCGUGGCUAGCAUUCUCGGCAUUUGUGCAGCUUCACUUGAGUGCGCCAUCAAGUGCCUCAGUGACGGUGCCAUCGACAUUGAUUCAGAUGCUCUCGAUAUGCGUCCUGCACAAAGGAAGCGCAAGCUCCGGACGCCGAGGACCUUCAAUAAGGCCACCGGCAAUCACAGUACUACCAAGCAUGCGUUCUCUAUCAAUAACUGGGGGUCAGUGACAACCUCCUACGUGAUUGGCAUCAAGAAAAAGGGAGAAAGCUUUCUGAGGGAGACAACAUCGAUGGCCCGGAAACUGCUCAAGAAAUCAGGCAACGCUGCCCUUCGGAAGUACAUUAGUCUCAAUGAUGAGGAUGAGGAGGAGAACAUUGACCGGCGCUGCAUGUUGUGGUAA